AUGGCCGGCUACCUUGCUAGAUGUGGCUGGCUCGAUCAGAUGUCCGCUCAGCCCGCUGAGCAAGAGCGGGCUCUGCAGAAGCUUUUCGAGGAUUCUGUUGGCCAAGUAGGGAAACAGGACGGUCCUCUUGUCGAAGAGUCCACAAGGUGUCAGAGGGAUCGGAUAUGGAAGCUCUGGGAAGGCUUCUGUCGUUUGGCCAAGAUCGACUCCGCCCGCGUUUGGGGAGAUUUUCACAUACAGCGCGAUACAGCGACUCAGGCGAUCCAAGUGUUCCUUACUAGCUACGUGCGGAAUUCACUACAGAUGCGCUUCGUUCUCGACGCACGCGAGCGCGCGAAGGUGCGGACGGUCACACAUGCUUCGACGGUUGUAGGGAUCUGGAGGGGGCUUGUUGCCGCCGCUGAUUUCUACAUCAUGGAGCCCAAGAGGCGGGCUCAGCCCAAGAAAGCUCGUUUCUGGAGACUUCAGUGGUUCCACGCCGUGGAGGGCCGUAUUGCAGGUCCUGGAUUCAAGGUCGUCGCGUGGAUAUAUGAAGAUUUAGCGUUGAAGGAAGGCUUGCUCCUCGACUCGCCGUACCAAAAAGUCGCGGCGGCGCCUCCGACAGUCAGAAAAAUCCUCUUCACUGAGCGACUCACUGGUUAA